UCGUGCCAGUGAAGCCGACACACAGCAGUGAAGAACAGAGCUACUAGCUAUCAUGGUGCACCCAGCUCAGGGUCAGAUGGUGCAGGACCUGGCCGCCAGCGACCUCGGGGCGCCGCCGAGCCGGUACGUGCUCAGGGAGAAGGACCGCCCGGCCGCCGCCGGCGCCACGCAGGCGCAGCCGGAGCUGGCCGCCAUCCCCACCGUAGACGUGGCCCGCCUCGCCGACCCCGGCGACGUCGGCGUCGGCGAGGCCGCCGGGCUCCGGUCGGCGCUCCAGUCGUGGGGCCUCUUCGCGGUGACCGGCCACGGCAUGCCGGAGCCGUUCCUCGACGAGGUCCUCGCCGCGACGAGGGAGUUCUUCCACCUGCCGCCGGAGGAGAAGGAGAGGUACAGCAACGUGGUCGACGUCGACGGCGGCGGCGGCGAGAAGUUCCAGUUCCAGCCCGAGGGUUACGGCAUCGACCGCGUCGACACCGACGAGCAGAUCCUCGACUGGUGCGACCGGCUCUACCUCCAGGUGCAGCCGGAGGAGGAGCGGCGGCUGGAGUUCUGGCCGGCCCACCCGCCGGCGCUCCGGCCGCUCCUGGAGGAGUACACGCUGCGGAGCGAGCAGGUCUUCAGGCGCGUGCUCGCCGCCACGGCGAGGGCGCUGGGGUUCGACGAGGAGUUCUUCUCCGACAAGGUCGGCGAGAGGGUCGCGACGUACGCGCGGUUCACCUACUACCCGCCAUGCCCGCAGCCGGAGCUCGUCUACGGCCUCAAGCCCCACACCGACAACUCCGUCCUCACCGUGCUCCUCCUCGACAAGAACGUCGGCGGCCUCCAGCUGUUCAAGGACGGCCGCUGGCUUGACAUCCCGGUGCUCACCCACGAGCUUCUCGUCGUCGCCGGCGACGAGAUCGAGAUCAUGAGCAAUGGCGUGUUCAUGGCGCCGGUGCACAGGGUGGUGACGAGCGACAGGGAGAGGAUGUCGGUGGUGAUGUUCUACCAGCCGGAGCCGCACAAGGAUCUGGCGCCGUCGGAGGAGCUGGUCGGCGAGGAGCGGCCGGCGCUGUACACGAAGCUGAAGGCCAAGGACUUCGGCGACGGCUUCUGGGACGCGUUCGCCGCCGGCGAGCGCACCAUCGACUUCCUCAAGGUCAAGGUCGAGCAGCAGAAGCCGGAGGCGGCGGCCGUCUCCAGCUAGCACUAGUAGCUAACGGUGUCUGUUAGUGUCAUGCUGGUGCUUAUGCUUAAUUAAACUGAAAAAUCGAUGCGAAUUAGAUGUUCAAAUUGCUGGUUAAUUACCAGAAUAUGGUUGAUAGGUGAGCCGUGUGUAUGUCAAUAAUGUGUUGUAUUAUCUGUAGCGUGAACACCUACGAUGAUAAUGGUAUGAAAUAAGAGUUCACGUCGAUGCGAAAAAUUAGCCUA